UGCUAGUGAAAAUCAUUACCCAACUCACGAGUGAAAUCUCAACAAUAUUAUGCAACUAUCAAGGUCGUGUUGUCUAUGGGUGUGAUCUCCGUUUACUUUUAUAAUAAUAACACGCAGUUGCAUUUCAUAUUUGCGUUAUCCAAAGGUCAACAUUCCAGACUGACAAAUUUUGCCUUUGCUAUAAAAUGGUGAUUGAACAAAAAUUUAGUGGAUUAUUUUGUCAAGUUCGCCAACAUGUUAAGGAAAAAUCUGCAAAAUCAAUAAACCUAUCUUUCUUACCUUAUCAGUAUUUAUAUUAAUACUGCGUCAGUCUCGUUCACCCACUUCUUCAAUAUGUGUGAAAAUCAAACCUACAAUCAAACCCCUAAAAAUGAAGAAAACAUAAACGAUCAAGACAGUCCAAAACGAAGAAAAACCGGCCCCAAAUGGACAAUCUUCCAACACAACGGCCCUUUAUUCCCCCCACCAUACGAACCCCUCCCUGACCACAUACCCUUCAAAUACAACAAAAUAACAAGAACAUUGUCACCACAAGCCGAAGAAGCGGCAACUUUUUACGCCAAAAUCACCAAUAAAAGACUCCUUAAAGACGACACCUUCAUCAGUAAUUUCUUCAAAGACUGGCGAAAGGUCAUGACCGAAGAAGAAAAACUGACAAUAACGGACUUCAGCAAGUGCGACUUUCGCUACGUGCGCAACUAUUUCAAGCACAAGAGAAAAGAAGAGGCCUUUGAACACCGGAAGAAACAAAUCGAAGAACAGAACGCCUUUUUUAAAGAACACUACGGAUUUUGUGUCGUGGAUGGGGUGUCCCAAGAGAUUGAAAAUUAUAAAAUAGAUAGUGGGAUUUUCGAGGGGCGUCGUUACCAUCCGAACACCGGAAGGAUCAAACGAAGAAUACAACCUGAAGAUGUUGUGGUCAAUUGUAGUGAGGAUGGAAUCCCGGAAGCUCCUGAAGGACACUGUUGGAAGAAGGUGGUUCAUGACAAUACCAGCACGUGGUUGGCGAAGUGGAAAGAUGACGUUCUUGGUGAAGAUAAGUACGUGCAGUUGAAGGCUAGUGCGACGUUGAAGAUGGAAGAAGAUAAACGCAAGUACGAAACGGCGAAAGAGUUGAACUUGAAGAUCGUUGAGAUACGGAAAGAAUAUUGGGAAAAUAUGUUCUGUGACGAUGUCUCAGUUAAACAAAGAGCAGUUGCUUUAUACUUCAUUGACAACUUUUUGUUUUCGACUGGCAAUGACAAGAAUGGAGAUAAAAAAGCGGACACUGUAGGAACUUGCUCUUUGCGUGUGGAACAUGUUCAAUUACAAGAAAAAGGUCACAUUGUUGUGUUCAAUUUCUUGGCGAACUCCUCAAUUCGCUACUACAAUGAACUCCCAGUUGAAGAACAAGUGUUCAAAAAUCUACAACUCUUCCAAGAAGACAAAUCUCCGGACGACAGACUCUUCGACGUUUUGACACCACAGGACCUCAACUGCUAUCUCAACAAACAGAUGCCAAAUCUCACAGUCAGAGUUAUUCGAACCUACAGCGCCUCAUACAUUUUUGAAAAAUUUCUUUACUUGUUCACUGAUCCCAAUAACUACUUAGAUGAAAAAAUCAGAUUCCAUAGAUGUGCCAAUGGUGUCGUUGCUCUUCUGCUGAACCAUCGAACAACUGAAGAGAGCGAAUUUAAAAAAGAAACGAUCUUGAUGGCGAAGCAAGAUAUUCAUUAUAUAGUCGCACUAAUGAAAAGAGGCGAAGUUUUCAAUAAGGACGACUCUAGAAUAAGAAGGUUAUUUCAAAAUUUGAAACGGCUGCUUUUCAAAGACACAGAAAUUCGUUUGGAAACUUCAAGAUUGGACUAUUUGGACCCCCGAAUUACCGUUGCUUGGUGUAAGAAGUAUGGUGUCCCAAUUGGACGGAUUUACACUAAGUCAGAAGAAAUGAAGAAGUUUAAGUGGGCUAUUGAGCUGGGGGAUCAAGAGUAUUGUUUUAGUGGCGAAAAUGUAUUACCCGAUCAAGAAUGAGUGUGACUGACAUAGAACAACAUUGUAUUAUUUAUUACAUUAAACUUAUAUUUAAGUAAGCGUAUAAA